AAUAGGGCAUUAAAAAAUAUUUGAGAGAAUUCUCCCAACUGCCCACCAGAAAAUAAAUGGCAUGCUCUCUUUUUCUUCAAUAUUGAUAGAACUCUACUAAGGCAUUAACAGAACAAAAUAUUCAUCCAAAACGCAGAGAAAGAGAGAGAGAGAGAUAGUUACAUAAUAAAAUGGCUUUGGGGAACUGUUUGCAAUUGAGCACAACAUGCACUAGAGUUGGCGCUGUACAAUGCCAUCAUACAUUUUCUUCAAAGGAAAAGCUUAAUUUUCCAACAUUCAACAAAGGUUUGAAGAAAUCUGCUUUGUCAUUCUCCUCCUCUUCUUCUCCUUUUGGUUAUUUCAACUCUACUACAAGGAAAUCGCUCUUCGUUUGCAAAGCCCGUGAGGCUCUAGAUGAAGUCCAAGUGGUGACAGAUUCAAGCUGGAACAGCCUUGUGAUUGCAAGCGAAAACCCGGUUCUGGUGGAGUUUUGGGCACCGUGGUGUGGGCCGUGCCGUAUGAUUGCGCCGGUGAUCAACGAGCUGGCGAAAGAGUAUUCGGGGAAGUUAGACUGUUACAAGCUCAACACUGAUGAUUGCCCCAACAUUGCCACACAAUAUGGCAUCAGAAGCAUCCCAACUGUGCUCUUCUUCAAGAAUGGAGAGAAGAAAGAGAGUGUUAUUGGAGCAGUACCCAAGUCCACCUUAUCCACUACCAUAGAGAAAUAUGUAGAGUAGAGGCUUGAAGAUCUCAACUCAACUUCUCCUAUGUAAGAAACAUCAAUCAUCUACUCAUCUUUGAGCCU